AUGGCUCUAGUUGGAGAGGCAUUGCUCACAGCUUCUAUUCAAGUUUUGUUGGAAAAGAUGGCUUCUCCCGAGGUACUGAGCUUCUUCGGGGGACAGAAACUCAAUGCUGCACUGUUGAAUAAGUUGAAGAUCACAUUGCUCACUGUCCAUGCAGUCCUCAAUGAUGCGGAGGUGAAGCAGAGUGAGAAUCCAGCAAUCAAAGAGUGGCUCCACGAGCUUAAAGAUGCUGCCUACGACGCGGAGGACUUGUUAGAAGAGAUUGCUACAGAAGCUCUUCGGUGCACGAAGGAGUCUGACUCCCAAACUAGUGGAACUCAGGUAUGGAACGCCAUCUCGACCUCUCUUAAUCCAUUUGGUGAUGGGGUGGAGUCCAGGGUUGAGGAGAUAUUUGAUAGAUUAGAAUUUCUUGCUCAAAAAAAAGAUGCUCUUGGGUUGAAAGAAGUUGUUGGUAAGAAACUAGCAAAAAGAUGGCCGUCCACUUCUGUGGUGGAUGAAUCUGGUAUUUAUGGCAGGGAGGGUAGUAAAGAGGAGAUAAUUGACAUGUUGCUCUCACACAAUGCAAGUGGCCAUGUCAAAACUGUGAUAGCCAUAGUUGGCAUGGGCGGCAUUGGGAAGACCGCCCUAGCACAACUUUUGUAUAAUGAUGAAAGGGUAAAAUCACAUUUUGAUAUGAAAGCUUGGGUCUGUGUAUCUGAAGAAUUUGAUCUUUUCAAGAUAACGAAAACAAUUCUUGAGGCCAUUAAUGGAGCCGCUUUUAGUUGUACUCGUGAUGUAAAUGACUUGAAUCUGCUUCAAGUGGAGCUAAGAGAGUCCCUUAAUGGGAGGAAGAUUCUAAUAGUUCUGGAUGACGUCUGGAAUGAGAGCUACAAUAACUGGGACAUGCUACAAACUCCGCUUAAAGUUGGAGCAAGUGAUAGUAAGUUUAUUGUAACCACACGCAAUGCAAAUGUUGCAUUAACCAUGCGUGCGCAUCACACUCAUCAUCUCGAGCAACUAUGCUUUGAAGAUAGUUGGCGGCUAUUCACAAAACAUGCAUUUGAAAAUGAAGAUCCUGGUGCACAUCCAAAACUGGAGGCCAUUGCAAAAGAAAUCGUGCAAAAGUGCCAGGGCUUGCCUUUGUCCAUCAAAACACUUGGGGGUCUUUUGCACUAUAAGAUGGAUGAAAAAGAAUGGGAUAACAUAUUGAGGAGUGAAAUGUGGGAUUUGCCGAGUGAUGAACUUCUUCCAACUCUGCGGUUAAGCUAUUAUCAUCUCCCCUCAAAGUCGAAGCGAUGCUUCGCGUAUUGUGCAAUUUUUCCUAAGGGCUAUCAGUUCCGAAAGAGGGGGUUGAUUUUAUCGUGGAUGGCAGAAGGUUUUCUGCAACAACCAAAAAGCAAGGAAAGAAUGGAAGAGAUAGGGGACUGGUACUUUCAUGAAUUAUUGACAAGGUCAUUUUUUCAUAAAUCGAGUAGCAGAGACUCGUGUUUUGAAAUGCAUGACCUUAUAAAUGACAUGGCUCAACAUGUAUCUGGAGAUUUUUGUACUCGAUGUUCGGAAGAUAAGAUGAAUGAUGUGUAUAAGAAGACUCGCCACUUCUCAUACCUUUUGCCUCGUGGAUUGAAGAAAUUGAUUAACCUACGUUAUCUUCGUAUUCGUGAUUCUGGAAUAAAAGAGAUGCCUGAUCAUAUUGGUCAAUUGAGAAAUUUACAAGAAUUGAGCAGAUUUAUUGUGGGUCAAACAAGUGGUCGUAGGAAUGGAGAGCUCAGGGGGCUUUCAGAAAUUAGAGGGAGGCUACACAUUUCAGAACUCCAGAAUGUGGUUUGUGGUAUGGAUGCCUUAGAGGCAAAUUUGAAGGAUAAGAAGUAUGUUGAUGAUUUGGUGCUGGAGUGGAAGAGCAACUCUGAUGUUCUACAAAAUGGAAUUGACAUAGUCAACAACUUGUAA